CUAUUUGAAUCUAACGAAAAUGGCAAAAAUAUUUUUGCUGUUUUGUAGCUGUAAACGAAAGUAGCAGACGUAAACCCAGAUGUAUGAAAAGAAAAAAAAUGAAGAUAUAUAUAUUUCACAGUUUCUACUGAAAUGUAUUCAAUAACACAAAUGAGUGCUGUGACUUUGGAGCUUCCAGUAUAAAGAUCUCGAAGUAUUUGAAGAAACAACCUAAAUUCGAAAGAAGACAUCUCCGAAAAAAUGUACUUAAGAGCGAAUCGAAAGAAGACUAUGGUCAUACUUAUGGUCUGCCUUAUAAAAGCAACAUUGAUGGAUAAUAUACUUGGUUGCGCAGAGGCCCAUCGACGGGGAGAAACUUCUGUAACUUUAAACUCCUUCAUUGAAAGACACGAUUGCCGAGUUAUGAUGAAUUCUUUCAAUUGUUCAAGUUUUGCUCCGUUCCAGACUAUUGUUUAUUGGUGCAAAAAUCUUUCACCACCGAUGUUUUCCACUGUUCAAUGUGCGAAAGUUUGCAUGGAUCCCAUCACGAAAAAAAUAUUGAUUGGACCGGGAAUCGAAGUCUACAAGCCUAUAGCGAUAGAAAUGAUGAGACGUUUCGACUCUGCACUUUCUCCUCGUCCGCUUUCUGUACCAAUAGCCGUAACUUGCAUUUGCGCAAAAGAUAUGGCGGACUCUGUGAUCGGAUACUCAAAAAAACGCUUAAGAAAGGAUAAAAUUAUAAUAAACUGCUUAAAUGAAGAAUAGAAAUAAAUAAAUACGUUCGCUCAUGAAAGAUUGUACAUAUUUUUUCAAAAAUGUCUGAAAAAUGGUAUAUAUAUAUAUUAUAUAUGAAGAUUUUCUUUGAUGUGUCGUAAUGCAUAAUUGUUAUAUAUAUUUAUAAUAAUAAUAAGUACAUAAAGAUUGAUUAUGUAGUAAUAGUAUUUUGGAAAAAAAUGUAUGUUGUGGAAUAGAUACAUAUAUUUAUAUAGGUAUGAGAGUACCUUUGUUUUUGUUCGUCAGAAUAGUCUGUUUCGUUGAUAUAUCGUGCCUGUAAAACUUAAUUGUCAACAUACAUACCAUGCUAAUAGUGAU